AUGGCUCCAGUCUCCGACGUGGAGGUGGAGGUGGAGGUGUCUGAGAAGAAAGGAGUCUUGUGUCUGGAUGACUGCUACUGUCCUGUGUGUCUGGAGAUCUUUAAAGAGCCUGUGACCCUGCCCUGCACACACACCUUCUGCAAGGUAACACACACAUGCACAAAUUACAAAAUAACUAUAAAUAAGUAAAAAAAAAAAUCAUUGCAUGAUGCCAUGUUACUGCUGCACUGAGCAGACAUCAUUUGUCAUUAAACAGGAGUGUCACUGAAGUGUUUGUAUGUUUACAGAAUCCACACUGACCUUUUUAACAUCACAGCAGCAUACAAACUUCACUCAGUCAUCUCCUUUCCGUGAUAUUUGACUUAGUCUGAUCUGUGAAUUUAAGUUUAAAUGUACUGAGUUUCUGGCACUUGGACUGGUUGUGAGGGGGUCAGGGUUAGUUAUUAACUGUGCCCCCUUUGGCUGAAACUCCACACUUUAUCCUUAAAUACGUGCAGGUGAUCAAGAUGUGAUGAGCAUGUUUAAAGCAGCUGAGCCCCGUGUGCAGCACAGCAGUCCUUAUUUAUGGUCAAAAUCACACUCAGUGAUACUGCACAGUAGUGCUGGGCGAUAGGACGAUAGAUAUCGUGGGCACGAUAGAAAAUGUCUAUCGUGCCAUUUUUAUUUUUAUCGUUUCGGGCGAUAGGCUGUAUUUAAUCCAUAGGGCUUGUGCCAUCAGAUGAUUCAUAGUAACAACAACAAUAAUUGCACAUUCAGUAAGUGUAUUUGGUGUCGAACGGGAAAGAAAACAAUAUUUUCUUACAAAGAAAAGUAUGCGUUGACAUGUAGGCUUGCAUUUCUCUUUCGAUUUUGCGACAUGACGCCGCUUUACGUGCCCUCUUCGUGUCCAGCGUCUCCCGCCGUUGCGGGUUACCUGGGUUACACACGUGAGGGGAUCAUUGUAAGCAGUGCUUAAUUUGUGCCGGAGCAAGUCGGAGCGCGAUCCGGGACCUCUUUUGAUCGGAUCAGGGACCUAUUUCAGCCGCUCCGGCACCUGUUUCAUCUGCUCCGGGACCUUCCCUGUAGAGGAUGACAUUUUUCGGGAAUUCCCGUGGGUCACGUGAUUCCCUCGGGAAUCCCACGGGAUGGAAGUCAUUUUUUAAUUAAUCCCUUGAUCGGGACGGGACGGGGAAAAAAGCAACGGGAGUGGGCAGGAGCGGGAACAACAUUAAUAGAUGAUCAUUUUCAGCCGUGUUUAACAACCAGAUGAACAGGUGCGUCCAUUUUUGUAGUCAUCUCUCAGUGAGAGCCAACACUCUUGACCGCGCUAGCAACACAAAAGAACUACAACAGUGGUUUGACUUCCUGUCAGCUGGGAGCGCGGCUGCGCAUUUCUACCCUUGAAGCCAGGAGCGAAGAGACAUAAUUUUGUGACAUUCUGUAGUUUUUCAAUCAUUUCUGGAGUCGUGGCGAAUCAAAUCACCUUACCGGUCUGCCCCUGAUAGGCGAAGAAAGCGCUCGGAUUCAUGCUCGGGUCUUCCUACGUGCUUCAAGAGUGAAGUAAACAAUGAUGGAGGCAGACAGCAGCUUUGGAGGAGAAACAUCUAGCAGUGUGAACAACCUCUUCAAAAGAGCCCUAAAGACCUACCUUUUUAAUAAAGCCUUUGGUUAGUUUUCCUCAAUGCUUUAUGCUUUUACUACCUUGCCUCUUACUUUGCAACUCUAUAUCUUUUAUUUUUUUUAAUUCUUUUUUUAUGCCAAUCUGUGACUGUCAUUCUAUUGCUUUUUUAUUGUUGCUGCUGUUUUUUUACUGUGUACUGUAGCACUUUGAGAUUUUUUGUAAAUGUAAAUUGAAUUACAAAUUAAAUUUAUUGUUAUUAUUAUUAUUAUUAUUAUGGAGUGCUUUGGCUCACACUAUCAGCGUUUUCUGUGAGUGUUGCAUAACUUUGGGUGAGCACAGACAUGAACGCACUUCGGCCACGUAUUUAUUUAUUCAUUUUUCUAGUUUUAAGUGCUGGUCUUGUACUGGUACUGUACUAGUGCAGCUGUAUACACUUAAAUUUUUCAUAGAACUGAAAGCAUACCAUAGCUAUAUCGUGAUAUAUAUCGUUAUCGUGAUAUAAAAUGAUCCAUAUCGUGAUAUACAUUUUUUUCCAUAUCGCCCAGCACUACUGCACAGUGUUAAAAGAUCAUAUUAAAUGACUGUCACUGAGCUGCACAGCUGUGAAAUGUCUGUUAAUGUCUUUUUGGAUUUACAAACUCAUUGUCAAAGUUAGGACACAGUCCAGUUUCCUGUUCCCAGAGGUGAGACAAAACACACAAAACGUUUGGUAGACUCCAAAAUUAGUUUUUCUCUCUUUAAGACAUACUGGAGGAGUCUCUCUACAGCCGUAUCUAGUACUGUCCUAGUCUCAUGUGAGUCCUUCUCUGUCCCGGUCUUUUUGGUCCAGGAGUGCUUCCUGCAGGCGGUAGACCAGUCAUCCUUACUGUGUCCACUCUGCAGGAGGAGGAUUGCCGUGUGGUGUCGACAGAACAGCAGGAACAACACUCUGAUCAACCAGCAGCUAUGGACCCGCAUCCAGGAGACCUUCCCCAAGCAGUGUGAGAGACGACUGAGGGGACAGGAUGUCCAGGAGGACAACCCCCCAGGUACUUCUUAUAUACACGACACCAAGACAGGCAUCUUAGUUUCCUGGGGCCUUAUUUAUCAAUCGUGCGUAGAAAAGGUUCUAUAUUCUUGCGUAGGAAUGAAAUUUAGAAUGUGCGUAAGUACAAAAAAAUCCAUAUUUAUCAAACGUGCGGACACCGGUCGUACGCACACAUGUAAGUAAUCGGUGAUGAUACAUCCCACCUGUUCUUUACUACCGUGCUCGUGCAUGGUUAGAGUCAUUUGCAUUCAGGAACGCCUCCAAUUGACCAUAUAUGGCAUCAACAAUCCCUUUAAAAAUGCGUGUAUGAAUGUUUUUCCUCCUCCUGGACGUGCACACUCACAGCGCUGUUCUGCAGAAUGAAUGAGUCGUGCGUUCCUCCGGGCCACCAGGCAACAACCUUUAACAGAAUCAAAUGUGCAUCGCAGAUUAUUUGUGCAUCGAUUGAAUGAAAUCUUUUCCUGUUGACGAAUCUGAAUUUAUUGUGUGAAGGUGCUUUUAUUGCGAUGUGGGUGCAAUCUAUGGCUUCAAUUGUGUUUGGGAAUCCGGCGAUGGCGUGAAAUCCUCGUUUUAUUUCGGCUUGUUGCUGAUGUGUGUUUGGGAACUGGAUGUAAAUUGAGGCCGGAGAAAUUAUUACAUCCAACUCUGCCGGCAUGAUUCUGUUUAGCGUUGGCUGCGAAAUAUCGCAUAUGUCUCAAAUCUCAUGCUGAAAUGUUCGGGUUAGGGUGGACAGGAGCUGGAUGUGCGCUGGGAUGGCUUUGGUGCGUUUUGUUUCUCGCUCCGACACGGGUAGUAAAUCACGGCGUAAAUCCAUUAAAAUGUUUUGGGGAAGCGGUACCUGCUGAGAAUCCACUCUGAGUUCUCACUGAACAGAUCAGCACACUCUUUGAAAACGCGCUCCCAGCGGAGGAGCAGACGCUUCUCCAAGUCCUCCAAUAGCGCAAAAUAAACCGUGAUACAAGAAUUCUUGUGAGGUUGUCCUGUCACAGCAGAUUUUUAUAGCUUGUCUCACCAAUCAUUCAAAAUGUCUGCUAAAUUACUAAUUGAUAAAUUUUGUAUAGAGACAACGGGAACAUGUGUGGAGUUUGAGAUUGCGGAAUGCUGUGACUCCUUUAAUGGGUUCUAUUUGUAGUUUUACUGUCCUACCACUAGGUUUUGUGUGUACGCAUGGUCAGAGUUGUGCUUAAAUUUACGCACGUUCCUAAGCACAAGUACAGGUUGAUAAAUUCCAGACUUUGCGCAGGAAUGUUCGUACGCACUCUUUAAGCACACAUCUGUGCGUACGCACGGUUGAUAAAUGAGGCCCCUGGUCUAGUGUGCUUGUACCUGUGGUUUUUACCUGCUGUGAAACUGACUCUAUUGACCAGUCUAAUCUGUCUACAUUUGGUGUGUGUGUGUGUGCGUGCGUGUGUGCGUGCGUGCGUGCGCGCGUGCCUGCGGUGUGUCUAGUCUCUGUGUGUUUUCCCAGGGUCAGUGAGCCUGGAGCUCUGAGGCAGGAGUAUGAGGAGCAGGUGACCAGAGUGAGUCUGUGCUCUUCAUCUCAUAGCACACAAAUAAUUAAGUGGAAAUGCUGAUUAGGCAUUUCCACUUAUUGUUAUUCUCCCAUUUCUUUAUUAUUAUUAUUCUGUACCUUUUUAAGGCAUUUGUUUUUCAAAUUCAAUUAUCCUUAUUAUCAGUUCUGUUAAUUCACAUCAAUGAUAUACGUUUUUCACUUAGGCUAUUAGAUAAUUUGUACACUAAUCCAGCUAAUUUACCUUCAGCUAUACUACAAUUCUUCCAUUCAUACAAUUUCUUAUUCUUCUACUCCACCUUUUCAACAGUUUUUCCAUUCAUACCUUCCUCAAUUUUUUAUUGUCAGUAUAGCAUUGCUUUUUCAGCACUUUUUCAGCACUCAGCAUUUCCACGCAUUUUCUGCAAGGAAAUGCAAUUUUUCUAGUUACUAUUUUUCUUCCGCCGUUUUUUGGCCCAUUAUAACUCUUCUCCAGUUUGUGCUAUUUCAACCAUUCAAACUUUAAACUAUUCCACUCCUUCAGGACAUGUGCAGAUGUAUUUUUCUUUUUUCUACCCUUUAACCUUUUUGAUUUUUUUUUUACUUUUUGUGCCAGAAUUUUAACAUGGGAGUCAAUGGGGAAAUCUUCCAAUUCUUCCUUUUACUCUUCAACCUUCUAAGCCUUAUAACUUCAGCAUACUUUCACCUAGAGACCUCAUUUUUGCUUUAAAACGUUAAUUAACUUAACUAUUAAUGUUGUAUUUUUUAAUUUUGUAAUUUUUUGAUAUCUUUUACAGUUUUCCCACAAUUUAGCUUUAAGCAACUCAUGGUUUUCAGCAAAUUUCAGGCUUUAUUAUGGGUGUGUAUUGGAAGAGCUAGAAUGGGGUGAGGUCAUAGCUAGAGUGGAGAGCUCCUCUUUUAUCGACAAAACCUAGCUCGAAUAUAUCGCUCCCAAGCCCACACAUUUCACUCCACAGCCAUGAAAAAUACAUCAAAAUGGAUGAAAAUAAGUCCUGCUUCUCACAAAAGAGGUUUCAAAUCAUUAAAUCGUACCCCUUGGCCAGCAGGGGACCAACUGUCCAAAAAGGCAGAGAUUCCUCCCAUUGACCAUGAUGCAAUCUUUCUCUCAGAAAAUCCUGAUCAUCACUCAGGCUCAACACCUGUUUAACUGGCCACAUUUUUCAGAGUACAGACUUGAAAAACACACCAUUGUGUUCAUUAGGGCGGAGGAUUUGUACAAUGUUCUUAUUUUCAUUCUGGGAUUUAAGGAAAUGACGCUAUGUGAAGAAGUUCAGAGGCCCUAAAUUUACUGCAGUUAGGCAGCUUCUUAUUCACAGAGUUGGUCAGUUGGUCCGUUGAUCUCACAGCUGUCAAGACUGCAAUCAUUAACGAGACACACACACAGUCUGACAAUGUGUGUGUGCGUGUGUGUCUCUGCCUAUGACACCUGCAUGUACACAGUAAAUAUGUGUGUGCUUGAGUUUCUCUCUGUCCGUAAGACCUACAUGCACACACUUUGACCAUGUAUCUGCUUCACCACCUAUCCUCUUCCACAAACUUUGAGCUACAGAAACCAUUCAGAGCUCAAAAAAUUCAGCUCAUUGAGGACAUUAUGGGGUGUAUCUUGGAUUUUGUUAAUUAAUUGUAUCAGUGUGUUCAGUUGAGUCUUGCGGUUCUCACAAAUUCCUUAUCAUGAAUAUAGCUGUUACAGAGAAAGAGCAUCAGGGCAUAGUCUGGCAUUUUGUUUCUCAGCUUCAAGCGUCCUUUCUCCCGCUGUAGUGAUGCAUCUACGGCCCCCAUGGCAUCCAAUUAGUGCACCUGGAGACACACAGCUGACGGGAAAGCUGCUUCAAACAGCCAUAUGAGACACAUGAAGCCAGGCUCACCACACAGAGCCCUGGGGGUUACAUUUAAAUCCCUUCACGUGAGCGCUUGACAAACCUUGGCCCCUAUCUCCUCCCACAAACUUUGAACUACAGAAAGCAUUCAGGGCUCAAAAAAUUCAGCUCAUUGAGGACGUUAUGGGGUGUACUCAGGAUUUUUAUUCAUUUAAAUUUUCCCCACUUGAAAAUAAAUCCUGUUAUUAAUACAUUAUUCAAUUCUACAGACAAAUUAAACUCAUUCAAACUGAUUUAAACCUAAUACUUCAAACUUGUCUAAUACUUGAGGAUUUUUAAUUACUCAAAUUUUUCCCAUUUUAAAAUCAUUCUCAUUAUUUUGCAUUUUUUGAUUCUUCAAACAGAUUCUCAGUUUUACUACUACAAUUACUACUUAUAUCACUUUAACUUCUAUAUCACUUCUACCUCCACUACUCUUGCUUCUCUAAAUAUUUUUUUACUGCAUCUCUUACUUUUACUGCCACUAUUACUUCUACCACGAGCUUUACUACUUUGACUUCUACUUCUUCUAUUCUAAAACUACUUCUACUGCUUACAUGACUACUAAUAUCACUAAUACAACUACCUAUUAUCAUACUACUUCUGGUACUACAACUUAAUCUUAUGCCACUUCUCACUUUUCUGUGUUUUAAGGUAAUUUUCUUCCUUAUCCAAUUUUUUUUUUUUUUGCAAUUUCAGAUAGUUUUUCUAGCCUUAUUCAGCAUGAAUGCUAUUUUAAUUUAUGAAGCACAUUCAUACUAUUUGUACGUAAACAAUUUUCACUUUCAUCCAACUUCUACUUCUUCUUCAGCCCUUUAACCAAUUUUACAUUUAUACCUUCCUCAAUGUUUUAGCAGUUUUGUAUUGCUCUCUCAGGUUUCAGCACUCAGCAUUUCCAUGCAUUUUCUGCAAGGAAAUGCCAUUUUUCUAGUUAUCGUAAUAGUUAUGGGUAUUUAAUGUCUAAAGAUUAUAGCAUGCAAACAAUAAACGAUAACAUUAUUACAGUAGUAGGUAGGCCUAUCAUAAUGACGAUAAUCAUAGGGCCCUAUGAAAUCCGUAUUCUUUUUUUCCAUUUUAACUUUUUAGAAUUCUGUUUUGGUUUUUUUUUACCUUUUACACUUAUUUACUUCCAUACAGUGUGUGCUUUUAGUGUCAGUGAAUAAAAUGCAAAUAUUCCUAAAUUUAUGGCUGUAAUACAUCAUUGCCCAGUAUUUUGAGACAAGACAUAAUGUUGUAACAUAACAAUGUACCAAUAAGUGCUGUAAGUACAAAGUUUUAAUUGUAUGGUAUUUAGGGCCCGAGCCUAGCUGCAAAGCAGCGGCGAGAGCCCUAUUGUAAUACUAUCAUUGCGUUUUACUUUGUACGUUUUCACCAAACUCAUGCAACUUACUGAAUGUUUUCAUUUACUCACAGGUUGUUUUCAUUUAAUCAGAACAAUAUGAGGCCUAGCUUGAUAAGCAGAAACCUGAUGAGCCACAAGGCUCUCUUUGUUCUGUUGGACAGGUUUGCUGCAGUAGUAACAUGCCUCAAGGUCAACACACACAUAUUUCACAGCACAUUUUAGUAAGACCACGUGAACAGUAGUUGGUCUGUUCACAUUGGAGUUAAUUGGCCAGUGACACUCUGGUGCGUGUUAAAUCCAACCUCUGUCCAGGGCAACCCCAGCCCAAGAUGAUAAAUGUGACUUAUAUCCAGAAAUAGGCACUUGUUGUGAUGGAGAUCCUAGCAGCUCUGUCAUCCGAAGUUCAGCGCUGUACUACUUUUCAUGUGACCUAAAUAAAUGUUCCUGCAAUCUCCGCAAAAUUCUUUAACAGUAGAUUGUGUUUUUAUUGGCCAGUUCUGCGAUUCUAUUAAAGCAGAAAUCAUAGGGCCCUGGUAUUAUUUUUAUUAAAAAGAUCAAAUACAAAAUUGUAAUUAAAUGAAAAUGUUCAACAAAAACAAUGAUAUAAGAAAAUAAAAAAUUAUGCUCCUGUUUUGUUGAUUUUAAUGUUGAUUAUGUCAUCAUGUUUACACUCAGCUGACAGAGGAGCGGAGGGUUCUGGAGGAGGAGGAGAGGAGAGCUAGUGAGGAGCUGAUCAAGACACUGCUGGCCAAGGAAGAGGAGGAGCUGCAAGAGGAUACGAAGAGGAGAGAGGAGGAUGAGAGGCUUGCCAGACUGCUCAGCAAUCAGUGGGUCAGAGCCUGAGACUCCGCCCUCCAUCACAUGACUGAGGCUGUUUUCCAAACUGCCUAUUAUACUAUUGACCAGUUGACCAAUGCUUCCAUAUACUGGAAACCAGAUGAAUCAGGCCGAAUAAAUACUACAUAGAAACAGCAAACUGGCAGUCAUACUGCAUACUACUGUCGACAUUCUGCGUGAAUCAGAAGUAUGCAGUAGGCAGGUUUGAAUACAGCCUAUGACGAUCACAUGACUCUUAACUGUCACUGACAAUUACACAAUAGUCAAAUAACUACGACUGUGAAUGUCACAUGACUCUCUGUCAUGUCCUCUGUUCAUCUCCAGAACUCUGCUGCUGUCUCUGAGAGAGAUGUGGGUCCUGCUGACGUCUCCUCAGUCAAUGCAAAAAAGGGGGUCUGCUCCGGCCAGAUAGAGAGGUGAGCAAGAUGUACGCUGCAAACAAGAUACACAGCAGCAAUAAAAUACACACCUACAAACAAGAUACACAGCUGCAAACAAGCUACAGAAGUUGAAACAUGAUAAACAACUGCAAUAAGAUACACAUAAAACAAGAGACAGCUGCUAACAAGAUACAGAACUUCAAACAUGAUACACAACUGCAGAAAAGAUACACAGCUGUUUAAAAUAUGCAGCUGCAAACAAAAUAAAUCUGGUCCUCAAUUGAGCCCAGGCUUCUGGUGUAAAGCUUCAGGUACAGUUCAGGAUCUAAACUCUUUCUGCUGCACUCAGACGCUUUCUGUUCUCAUUGCAGGUUUUUCUCUCGACCCUCUCAGGGCUCUUCAGACUACAGCUCCACAGCAAACAAGGUUUGUGGGACCACCAUGAGACAGGAAGUGCUGAGCAGGACUAGAUUUACUGUAACGUGUUUAAGUUGUUGAGCAAACCAUAAAGUGGGUGUUUAGAUUAAAAAGGUGAUGUCAUAAAAGGCAGAGAGAAGCUGACCACACAGGAAACAGCUCUAAAAACUACAAUUACAGAGAACUACAAAAGCUCUGAUGGCUGAAGACUCCGCCCUUAAACAUAGAAUGCUCCCUCAUGCUAAGCUAAUGCUAACAGCAGCAGAUAGCACUGACUGUGAUCUCGUUGCAGGAGAACAUGGCGCUUUGUGAGCAGGUGAAGCCCCCCCCACCCAGUCUGAGCAGCUGGCUGACCACAGGGGGUGGAGCUUUAUGUCCAAAGAGGAAGAGCGGGGAGAUGGGGCCACCAGAAGAGCAGGAGGAGGGGGAAAGGGAGGUGAUAACCACCAAACGAGUCUGCGUCUCCUCCUCCUCCUCCUCAGCGCUGCAUACUCUGGCUGAGUGUGAGGCAGAGCUUCUGAGCAGACGGCAGCAGGAAGAAGAGGACCGGCGCCUUGCGAUGCUCUUGCAGAAGGAGCUUAACCAGGAGGAGCGUCUGAGAGCCACUGACAGACGUAAAGGGACCUCAGAUGCCUACCUGUUCCGCCACAGCAGACGGGACCGCUGCAACGAACAGGACCCCAGAAAGACCGGACACAGCUCCUCUUCAUCGUCCUCCUCUUCAUCCACUUUCUCUUCAUCCUCCUCCUCUUCAUCCUCUUCCUCUCUGUCAUCCAGCAGAGGAAGCAAACAGAAAACUCUGACAGAGAUGUUCUCCACUUUGAAUAAUUGA